GUACAUUUUAACCUCAAAAAAAUCAAAAUAAAUAAAUUGUUAGAAAAAGGGAAUCCCCUCUACGACCGUUAUCAGAAAAUUGGGAAAGUACAACUUGAUAUUAUGACUAUAGAAGUUAGACCAUUGUCGUAAUAAAUGCAUUUAACAGUGUGUUAUUCAAUUGCGUUACAAACAAUAUGCGUGGAAGUAUUGGGUUAUCUUUUAUUUUCUUAACAGCUGUUAUUUCAAUAACUGCACAAAACUUUGACGAUUUGAAGGCAGGACAUAAUGCGAAAGAACUGAGUAAGAGUGAAAUUCAAUAUCUAGCUAAUUUACAAGAUCUAAUCCAAUUUGAUGAGGAUUUGAGAAAUAUACUUGUUCCAAGGGUUGUGGGAACUAAAGGACACAAAGAUGUGCAAAAUUAUAUUAUAACCACUUUGAAAAAUCUCGAUUAUAACAUAGAAAUCGAUGAAUUUGUUGAUAAAACUCCAUUUGGUAAUGCAACUUUUAAAAAUAUAAUUGCCACUCUUGAUCCUACUGCAGAACGAUACCUUGUGGUAGCAGCACACUAUGACAGUAAAUACUUCGAAGAUGGAGAGUUUUUAGGAGCUACAGAUUCAGCUGUACCAUGUGCAAUGAUGCUUCAAAUGGCUAGAAUUUUCAAAAGCUUAGAUUUUCCUACCAAAAAUGAUGUUUCACUCAAAUUGAUAUUUUUCGACGGAGAAGAAGCUUUUGUGCAAUGGGGUCCCAAGGACUCGAUAUAUGGUGCUAGGCAUUUAGCUGCAAAAUUCGAAAAAUCCAAAUCCAGGUCGAAAUUGACUGGGGAGAGAGUUUCAGAUUUGCAAAGGAUUGACUGUUUGAUGCUGCUUGACCUUUUGGGUCAUGCAAAUCCAACUAUUUACAACUAUUUUCCAGAUACUAGGUCAUGGUUCAAUCUUUUGAGUGGUAUAGAAAGGAAACUUUACCGUUUGAGGCUGUUGAAGAGGAGAAAUUCAAAACCGUUCUUCAUUAACAACUCGAGAAGUGCGUUUAUAGAGGAUGAUCAUAUUCCAUUUUUAAGGAGAGGUGUACCAAUAAUGCAUUUAAUACCUAUACCAUUUCCUGAUGCUUGGCAUACUCUUCGUGAUAAUGAAGAUAUUUUAGAUCCAGAUUCAAUCCAUGAUUUGAAUCUGACAAUCCAACUCUUCGUGGCUCAGUACCUACACAUUUCAAUAUCACCCGAGAAAUUAAUGGUCAGUGAAUCAAGUAAAUAUAGGCCAUUGAACAGCGGCGCCAUCUGUUACAGCUAUAGGAAAAUGAUUUUUGGAUUCACAGUAUUCCUUAUGGUCAUUUCUUUAGUUCCUGAAAUACACAUGGAACUCUAACAUGGGGCAUUGGUAAACUGGUUAAUACCUAUGUGGAGAAAAAAUGUUUCUAGGUAUCUGAGUUUGAUAAUUCAAAUUUUAUUUUAUUUAUUUUAAUAUUUUUGAUAAAUCGCUCUCAUUGUACUUGAAAACUAUCAUGAAAAUAAAUCUGAUAUUAUAUGUCCAGUUGAAA